GUAAUCCAGGUACAUCAGCUGAUGAAAGCAGCAAGGAAUGGUACCAAGGACAGUCUCCAAAAGACGAAGUCAGCCAUGAUGCGCAAAAUCUCUUUCCUACGGAGGAAAGACCAUGCAGAGGAAGGGAGGGAAGAUGUACGCUACAUGAAUGUGUUUUUAUCAGAGUCCAAACACCCGCUGCCCGAGCUGAAACCCAUGCCAGCCGGCCUCAGCAGCCAGCAGAUGGUGAGGCGUCUUAUUCUCGGCUCCAUUGUGCAAAGUGAGAGGAGCUACCUGGACUCUCUUAAAAGAGUCCUGCAGGACUACGAGAAGCCGUUGCUGCAGCCGGAGACUCGGGUCCUGAGCCCUAAAAAGGUGCGACAGAUAUUCUACCGUCUGCAGGAGAUCCACCAGUGUCACAGCAUGUUCCAGAUCGCACUGGCUUCCCGCGUGGCCGACUGGGACCAGAGCGAGAAGAUCGGAGACCUGUUCGUGGCCUCGUUUUCAAAAUCGAUGGUGCUCGACGUGUACAGCGACUACGUUAAUAACUUCAUGAACGCCAUGACUCUAAUCAAGAAAGCCUGCAUCUCUAAUCCGGCUUUCCUGGACUUUCUCAAGAAGAAGCAGGCAUCCAACCCUGACAGAAUCACGCUGUACGGCCUGAUGGUGAAACCCAUCCAACGCUUCCCCCAGUUCAUUCUCCUGCUGCAGGACAUGUUGAAGAAUACGCCAAGAAACCACCCCGACCGCCUCCCCCUGCAGCUCGCCAUCACCGAACUGGAGACCCUGGCGGAAAAACUGAACCAGCAGAAACAUCUGGCCGAACAGCUGGCUGAGGUCCAGCAACUGGCGCUCAGCAUCGGAGACCAGGACCUCAACAAGGUGACACGUUAUCAGCAUAGCCAGUUAAUCCAAAGUGAGGUGCUGAUUGAGACGGUCUACGGCGAACAAGGACAAGUGGUCAAAUCGAAAGAACGAAAAGUCUUCCUGCUCAAUGACAUGCUGGUCUGUGCCAGCGUUACUCCAAAGGGGGGUUCUGACAUCAGCAACCUGGUUCCUGGUUUGAAGUACUCGGUGAAGUGGGUCGCCCCGCUCCUCCAGACUCAGGUGGUAGAGGUGGGACAGGAGGACACAGAUGGUCUCAUCCAUUUAAGAGGAAAAGCAAAGACCCUCAGCUCCUCCGGUGUCGCCGGUAAACCACUUCGCCGUUUUACUCCCCCUUCUCGAAUGCCACAAUGGAAGACUUUGCCGCUAUCCGGUAAAGUUUUUAUUGGUCCUCCCAGGCUGUACCAGGAGCUGGAGGAGCUGCAGCAUGACCUGUCUGUGGUGGAGGCGGUCACGUUGCUGGUGGGCACGCUCCACGGGACUUACCAGAAUCUCAAUACCACCGUGUCUCAAGACUGGUGCCUCGCUCUCCAGAGACUCAUUCAGAUUAAGGAAGAGGAGAUCCAAUGUGCCAAUAAAUGCUGUCUGCGUCUGUCUGUACCGGCCAAGCCUGACAAGUCCGGUCAUGCAGUUAGCUUCAUGGUGGUCUUCAAUACUCCCAGUCCCCUCAGUAAAAUCUGCUGGGUCAACCGGAUUCAUCUCGCCAAGAUAGCUCAGAGAGAAGAGAACAGACCCGGUUGGGACUUUACUGAGGAUGAUGAUGAAGGAAGGAUUAAAGCUCCAUUUCGCCUUCCUCUUCUGGCCUGUCGACUUCCUGUUUCCUCCACCAAAGCACAACAGACCAAGCUGGCAGCUGCUCUUUAUGUUCCGGCUCAGUGUGCCCUGCUGGGUUUCUGUACUGCCAGUACUUCACUACCACAAGGUCAGCUAUGGGUGGGCAGCAGAGGAGAUGGCUCCUGCCAAGGCCAGGUGAAGAUCUUCUCCCUGAACCGUUCAACACCUCGCAUGAUAAAGUCCAUCAAACUGGGAGCCCCAGUCCUGUGUCUGGAAUAUAUCACAGAGCCCAUUGAGCAAAAAGAGUAUGGCCAGACUACAUCCAAGUUGGGCAGCACCAUCUGUCUGGGCCUACAAGAUGGAAACAUCCUGGUGUACGGCAGUGUUGACACCUACGUUCAGAGUCUGCAGACCUUCUUCAGUCCUGAAGGCCGUCCGGUUGUCUGUCUGAAACACGCAGCAGCGGUCCUGUUCGCUGGACUGGCCAAUGGAAAAGUAGCAGUCUACCGCCGAAAGACUGGAGAGAGACUGUGGGACAUCGCUUCGUGUCGGUCGGUGGCUCUGGGUUCCGCUCCGGUCGGUUCAUUACUGACACUGGAGGACACGGUGUGGGCUAGCUGUGCUAACAGCGUCACUGUCAUCCAGGUCUCCAGCCUCCACACUCUGAGUUUUGAAGCCCACCCGGAAUCAGCAGCUGAAGUAUGCCACAUGGUUGGCUCCGGUGGAGGAGUCUGGAUGGCGUUCACCCAUAGCUCCUCCAUUCACCUCUUCCACACAGAGACUCUGGACCAUCUGCAGGAGAUCAACAUCUCCACCUGUUUUGCACAUCUCACAGUCGGUCACGGCUCACUGUGUGUCACCAGCUUGCUCAUUUGCCAGGGCCUGCUAUGGGUCGGGACCACCCAGGGGGCCAUUCUCACCUUUCCUGUGCCCACACUGGAGGGUAUCCCUAAAAUAAGAGGUAAAGGAAUGAUGUCGCUAAAUGCCCACAAUGGGCCUGUGGACUUCCUCGUGCCGAUCCUCAGCACCUUAUCAGCUGACACGCUGAAGCGAGACUCGCUUUGCAGUGGGAGUUUCCAGGGCAGUGAUGGUGAAGAAGGAGGUGAAGAAAUGAAAGGAGGAGAAGAUGAUGCUGUGGAGCAGGACAUGGGUUCCUGUCCUCCAGUGGGUUCACCAACAAGAGAGAGGUCUAAAGGAGUUCUGCUCCAGUACCACCUCCGCUCCACCUCCCAGCUGCCGGGCGUCCUCCUCAUGGCCAAACCCCACCAGGAGCUCCACGAAGCUUCUCCAGAGUUGCCGGAGCAGAGCCCGGAGGACAGUACCAUCUAUGAACUGAGCGAGAAGCCCAAUGUGUGGGUGCGGGGGGGUCCUGUAGAAAAGGAGGUGCAGGGGGGACACAAUAAGUUCACCUCAGCAGCAGUGAUCUCUGGAGGGAGAGGAUACCGCAGGGUCAGAGAGAGGACUUCAGCAGAAAACCGCUUAGACUCGAUAGAAAACACACUUCUAGUCUGGCAGCUUCCUCUGGCCCUCAGUCCAUAAGAAAACAUUUAGAUGUGACACAGCACCACUGUGAUUGACAGAACAAACCACCGACACCAGAAUGAUAGCCGUUUAUUUUCCAAUGCCAAUUUCUAUUUUGGUUGCACAGUCUAUUGAUCGUCAUGUGCAUGUUAAAAAAGGAAAAUGAUCCCGGGUCAAUGGUAAUUUGUAAUGUUACUGUAAUUCUUCUAGAACUACAGGGCACUGAGCUAAGUGUAAUUUUGUUCUCUGCUACCAUAUGUAGUCACCAAACCUCAAGAGGCAUUUGGUCAGUAUUUAUUUCACUGAAAAAAUACAUUCAAAAAAAUAAAAUAAUAAAAGGCACCACUAAAUGGUAUUCCAUUACAAAACAA